AUGAAAAUUAUGAAAACACUAUCUGUUCAAUCACCUAAUACAGAAAAACGCAUGAAUGUACAACCUAAUUCUGGAAAAAGAAUCCACAAAUGUGAAAUAUGUCAUAAACAAUUGCCUACAAAAAAUGUUUUAAAACAACAUAAGAAAAUUCACUCCGCACAGGCACCUUUUAAAUGUGAAAUUUGUCUUAAACAGUUUGCCCGAAACGAUUCUUUAAAUGAGCAUUUGAAAGUUCAUACUGGAGAAAAGCCUCAUAAAUGUGAAAUAUGUCUUAAACAGUUUUCAUUAAAACAUCAUUUAAUUGUGCAUAUGAGGGUUCAUACUAGAGAAAGGCCUUAUAAAUGUGAAAUUUGUCUUAAACAGUUUGCCCGAAACGAUUCUUUAAAUGAGCAUUUGAAAGUUCAUACUGGAGAAAAGCCUCAUAAAUGUGAAAUAUGUCUUAAACAGUUUUCAUUAAAACAUCAUUUAAUUGUCCAUAUGAGGGUUCAUACUACAGAAAGGCCUUAUAAAUGUGAAAUAUGUCUUAAACAGUUUGCCCAAAGAAUUACUUUAAAGCAACAUAUGAGAGUUCAUACUGGAGAAAGGCCUUAUAAAUGUGAAAUAUGUCUUAAGCAGUUUGCCCAUAAAAAUACUUUAAAUCUGCAUAUAAGAGUUCAUACUGGAGAAAGGCCUCACAAAUGUGAAAUAUGUCUUAAACAGUUUUCUUUAAAACGUACGUUAAUUGGUCAUACACGACUUCAUACUGGAGAGAGGCCUUAUAAAUGUGAAAUAUGUCUUAAACGGUUUACUCAAAAAAGUAAUUUAAAUGUGCAUUUGAAAGUUCAUACUAAAGAAAGGCCUUAUAAAUGUGAAAUUUGUCUUAAACAGUUUUCCUUAAAAAGCACUUUAAAUGGGCAUAUAAAAGUACAUACUGGUGAAAGGCCUUAUAAAUGUGAAAUAUGUCUUAAACAGUUUGCCGAAAAAGCUACAUUGAAUGGGCACCUAAGAGUUCACACUGGAGAAAAACCACAUAAAUGUGAGAUUUGUCUUAGGCAGUUCGCUUCAAAGCUUAGUUUAAGUGUGCAUAUAAGAAUUCACACCGGAGAACAGCCUCAUAAAUUGUGA